GUGCAUAUCGCCAGGCGGGACGUCAAGGGCAAGGAGGCCGUCGUGUCGAAGCAGACCGAGAAGGUGGCGGAGUUGCAGUCCAUGGUCGCCGAGGCCGAGCAGGCGUUGGAGGACGCGGCAGAGCGAGCAGGAGCUGGUGCUGGCAGUGAAGUGGUUCGCCAAGCUCAUCCGCAGUUCACCGUCAACACGACCGCGGUGGUGGCCAAGUGCGGCGAGCGCGGGAUGGACCAGGCCCAGGCUCAGCUGCAUGGUCUCCAAGCUCCUGGAGGACUUCCCGCCGCAGUUGCCGGUGGCGCCCUCCGCCCAGGCCGGGCCGGCUGGCGGCCAGGGCGCCGCGGGCGGCAGUCUGCCAACGACGUGGGCAACUCCCGCCGGCCCGACCCCGUGGCGGCCGCCUUUGGGGCGCAGCUCCGCGAGGCGCUCGAGCAGGUGCGGCCUCUUGAGUUCACCCAGGCGUUGCGGGCGGACCUGGGGGGCUCGCGCGCCGCUGUUUGCGCCGUGCUCAGUGCCCAGUCCUCGCGGCCGCUGCUGGGGCAAGCGGAGCUGGCAGGCAUUGCUGAGCGGCGCGGCAUCGUGGCGACCCCCAUCGGCGUCGUCGCGGGCGCCGACGUGGGCGCGCACGCCGUCGCUCCCCGCGAAGUGCCUUCAGCCGAGGCGCGAUGCGAGGCGGCCCCCAUCGACCUCGGCUCCACCAGGGGCGGCGAGCUCGACCUCUUCGACUGCGUCCAGCUGGACGGCGACGCGUCGGGGACCGUGCAAUUCGGGCUGAAGCGGCGGCCAGGUGCGGAGGUUUUCAUCCCCUCGGUUGGCGCUCGGCCUGGGCGCCACCUAGGUAAGGCCAAGCCUGGCAAGGCCGAUUCCCUGGACAGCGAACGCGCGAUGAGCUGCGAGCUGAUGGUCCUGGACUGGGUCAUGGCGCCGCUGGCCAAGCAGAUGCAGCAGCGGUCAAGCGCAGAGGGCGCCAUCACCUCGGCGGGCGUUCGGCGCCGCCCAGGCGCGGACAGGCCCUGCAGCGCCGACCCCUUGGACCUCGAGUGCGAGAUGCGUGACGAGAUGGGAGUCAAGGCCCGGGUCAAGGCGCCGCUGGGCAAGCAGAUAACCGCCUCCGACGGCGUCGUCGCGGGCGACGACGCCGGCGCUCCCGCCGUCGCCCCCUGCGGAGUGUCCGUAGUCGAGGCGCGAGGCGCGGCAGCUCUUAUCGGCAUCGGUCCCGCCGUGGACUGCGCGCUCGACCCCGUCGAAUGCGCGGCCGAGCCCGGCAGCGGCGCCCCCCUGGGCCGCUUGUGCGAGUUGCGCGCCGAACUGGUGAAGACAGAUCGGGGCGCGACGCCGCUGUUCAAGCAGAGGCCCGCCGCCGUCGUGGGCGUGAUCGUUGAGAUGACUGCGGAGUUCAUCGCGCGCCUGGAGAGGAUCGGCCAGCUGGCAGCGGGGGGCGCGGGGCAGGCGCGGCUGCGCGUCGUCGACGCCAGCCGCAGUGAGCCCUUCCUCGCCACCGAUAGCGAUGGGCCACUGGACACCGGGGUUGCCUCGGCCGAGGAGAGCCAGUGCGUCGGGGGCUUGAUCGCGCCGCUGCCGAUCCAACCUGCCGCGCUGGAGACCCGCGGAGCGGAGCGUCUCGUUUGCGCUGGCAGGCGAACGGGCGUUGCCCAAUGCCUGGGCCGCUUGGCCAAAUUGCCGGCGGCAGAGAGCCCCGACCCCUCGGGGCGCGCGCCGCUCGCCGCGGGUCGCAGGGCCGAGGCGAAGGAGACC